AUGGGGAAGAGGGUGCCGUUCUUUGCCCUCCGGGGUCCAGCCCAGGCUGAGUGUGAGGCUCCUGGGCCGACCGUGUGGAGGACGCCACAGAACCUCUUUUCUCUGGGGCCCCCAUUCCCACCCCCAAGAGAUGCGUCCCUGGCGGCCCCGGCACCCGCCCCGUCUGCCCUCUGUGGCAGAGGUGGGGCGAGCUGGGGCCUGCCCAGCAUCCCCCGGAAAUGUCGGCCGCCUUUGGGGGUGUGGGUGUGUCAGCAGAGUGACGCAGGCACCCUGGGGGUCCUCCUCGGGCGUCCCCCCAGUGGUGGGUUUGUAGGUCUGCCCCCCACCCUGUGCCCAGCCUGCCCUGCUGCCCUGCACCACUCUAGAGCCCAGGAUGGGGCCCUUCGGGGGCUGGACUCGGGGGCCGGCUGCCCGUAUAGCACUGAGGGCCCCCGGCCGCCCCUCCCCAAGCCAGAAGCCCCCGGCCUCCAGGCACCCCCACCCCGGGCCCUGGGGCCGAGCCCCCUGUCUUCUCGGGCGCUGUCAUCGUAA